GAGAUAAAAUUUUUGUUAAGUUCAACUAUCAAAGCCAUGUCUAAGAAAGUUAAGCGUAAAAUAAAUCGAAAAAAGCAAAGUAAUCGAAAAGCGGAUAUACAGUCCUUUAAAAAAGAAGUAGAAACAGAUAACCAUAAAAUACCCAUUGCAGAUUUAUUGAGUCGUUUGGGAACUGAUAAGCACCUGGGACUUUCGCAUUCGGCAGCAAAAUUACGGCUUGAAAUGGAUGGUCCUAAUAUGCUAACACCAAUACCUAAAACACCUCAGUGUAUAGUUUUUAUAAGAAAUAUGUUUGGUGGAUUCGCUAUAUUACUCUGGUCUGGUUCGAUUCUUUGCUAUGUAGCAUAUAUUAUUCAAAUAACAACAGAGCCUGAGCCAGUUGAUGAUAACUUGUACUUGGGUACAGCCUUAAAAAACUUAGAAGCUGUCGAAACACUUGGUUCAACGUCGACAAUUUGUUCUGAUAAGACAGGUACACUAACUCAAAACCGUAUGACAGUGGCUCACUUGUGGUAUGACCGAUCGAUCGUGGAAUCUAAUACAACUGAAUCAUUUAAGGGAUCGGAAUUUAAUUUAGAGGAUAGGUCAUUCAAUGCACUCUUAUUAUGUGCAGCAUUGUGUAACUCUGCCGAAUUCAAAGGUUGUCAAGAUGAUGUUAAAACUUUGCAAAAAGAUAUUAACGGUACAGCUUCUGAGGCAGCUCUUCUUAAAUUUGCUGACAUAGUUUAUGGUACCGUAGGAACAGUACGCCGAACACACUAUAAAAUUACCGAAAUACCUUUUAACUCUACUGAUAAAUUCCAAGUUUCCGUUCAUUCCUUCAAUACUAGCAAUUCCUAUUUUAUAGUAGAAAUGAAAGGGGCACCAGAGCGCAUUUUAGACCGAUGCAAUAUGAUUAUAAUUCGUGGUGAAACGACAUUACUAACUUCUGCCUUAAGAGAAGAAUUCGAAGAGGCAUAUAUGGAUAUGGGUGGAAUGGGUGAACGGGUGUUCGGAUUCGCCGAUUUAAUUUUGCCGAAGGACAUAUAUUCUCAGUCAUAUGAGUUUAGCUCUGAGCCACCCAAUUAUCCAUUAGAAAAUCUUAGAUUUCUUGGGUUGAUUUCAAUGAUUGAUCCACCCCGUGCAGCUGUUCCUGAUGCAGUUGCUAAAUGUCGCACAGCAGGUGUUCGUGUUAUUAUGGUUACAGGAGACCACCCAAUAACAGCAAAAUCUAUAGCUCGUAGUGUGGGAAUAAUAACUAAUCCCACACUGGAUGAUAUAGCUAAGACUCGUGGUAUUCCAAUAAAUGAAGUUGAUCCUCGUCUAGCCACUGCUAUUGUUAUCCAUGGAGGAGAGUUGCGUGAAAUGAAAGCCGAAGAAUUGGAUUCUGUUAUCCGCUAUCACAAAGAAAUUGUUUUUGCGCGAACGUCACCCCAGCAAAAAUUAAUUAUUGUAGAAGCUUGCCAGAGACGUGGUGAAAUCGUAGCAGUAACAGGUGAUGGUGUUAAUGACUCCCCAGCGUUAAAACGUGCAGAUAUUGGUGUCGCUAUGGGAAUUGCUGGAUCAGAUGUUUCUAAACAGGCUGCUGAUAUGAUUUUACUUGAUAAUAACUUUGCCUCUAUUAUAGUUGCUAUUGAAGAAGGUCGCCUCAUUUUUGACAAUUUAAAAAAGUCUAUUGCUUAUACUCUCACAUCAAAUCUUCCAGAGAUUACACCAUUUUUGUUCUUCGUAAUGUUCGACAUUCCCUUAGCUCUGGGUACAAUACCUAUACUAUGUAUAGACAUCGGCACUGAUAUGUUACCAGCAAUAUCUCUCGCAUAUGAAAAAGCCGAAUCUGAUAUUAUGUGUCGCAUGCCUCGAGACCCUCAUGAAGAUCGCUUGGUGAACAAAAAGUAG